CACGUCCAAUCCUACCAUUUCUGCUCAAUUCAUACUGAAGUGUUUUGCAUAUUUGAAUCGGUAGGACGGACGACUAAGCCACGCAUUUGUGAUUGGGCCAUUUAGAUCGAGAAACAGUUUUCCACCAAUGAUGGACGACUGUGUAUUGACGCUUACGAGGAGAAAAAUGCAGUUACUCUUCCUGUUUGGAAUCAAACCAGGAAAUACAGACAUGUAACUCGGGACGAAGUUGUUUUCAUACAAUCUCGUUGACAGUUUAUUCUUAUUUCAAUUGUAUAAUAACACGUAAUAGACAUGGCUUCUUUAUUCAAGAAAAAGACAGUGGAUGAUGUCAUCAAGGAGCAAACCAAAGAGCUCAGGGGCACCCAGCGGCAGAUCACACGAGACCGCACCGCUCUGGAGAGACAGGAGAAACAGAUGGAGAUGGAGAUUAAGAAGAUGGCCAAGGCUGGGAAUAAGGACGCCUGUAAGAUUCUGGCCAAGCAGCUGAUACAGCUGAGGAAGCAGAAGAACCGCACAUACGCUGUCAGUUCAAAGGUCACGUCCAUGUCGACGCAAACCAAGCUCAUGAACUCUCAGAUGAAGAUGGCUGGGGCCAUGGCCACGACUACCAAAACCAUGCAGGCUGUCAAUAAGAAGAUGGACCCCCAGAAGACACUCCAGACGAUGCAGAACUUCCAGAAGGAGACGGCCAAGAUGGAGAUGACUGAGGAGAUGAUGAACGACACUCUGGACGAUCUCUUCGACGGCUCUGACGAUGAGGAGGAGACCGAUAACAUCGUCUCACAGGUGCUGGAUGAGAUCGGCAUCGAGAUCUCAGGAAAGAUGUCAAAGGCCCCCGCGGCGAGCAGGAACAAACCCAGCGCCGCCUCCUCCUCGAAAGCAGACACCAUCUCAGACGACGAGAUCGAGAGACAGCUCAAGGCCCUGGGAGUGGACUAAUGCAGAGACUCUUUCUCACACACACACACACACACACACACACUGGCACACUACUUCAAAAUAUACCGCUUGGACAUUCAAAGGCACAUUCUGUCUGCCGUGAAGUCUGUCUGGACUAUGACACACACACACACACACACACACACACACACACACACACACGCAUGCCUUCAGUAUCCCUGAUGUGUCCCUUGUGACCUCUGCAGCAGAGUGAGUCCCCACAGGAGGGCGCUGUUCUGAUGCGCUGUCCUUCUGCUCUAUACUGUACAGCUCUAAUCGGCUGGCUCAGGUGUGUGUCUGUGUGUGUGUGUGUGUGUGUGUGUGUGUGUGUGUGUGUGUGUACAGCGCUCUGAGAGCAGCCAUGUUCCGUGGAGGUUCUCUACGUUAUGGAAAGGUUCUUGUUUAGGGUCUGUGGGUUUAUAGACAUGGUCAGCCCAAAGAGGAAGUGGAAUGUUAGCCUUUCAUUUUGAACACACACACACACACACACACACACACACACUCCUCCACAGCCAUCUACCUCUCUACCUGAUGGAUCUGUGACAGCAUUCUGCUGCCGAGGGUUUGGCGGACACACACACACACACACACACUAACCGUGGCCUCUGCUGGCCACAGCUUCCUCUCUGGGCGACUGCACUAAUUAGAAUGAGAGGGUGUGUGUGUGUGUGUGUGUGUGUGUGUGUGUGUGUGUGUGUGUGUGUGUGUGUGUGUGUGUGUGACGCUAGCUCAGGUUCCCUGGCUGACUCUAGGCUAAUAUCAGGCCAACUCUGGGCUUUGACCUCCUCUUGGUUGUGUGGGUGUGUCUGCCAUGUGUGUUUGAUAGAUAGAGAGAGAGAGAGAGAGUGAGUGUGUGUGUGUGUGUGUGUGUCUGAGGGAAAUACACAGCCAUGCAGUGAUCAUUCUGUAUGAGGAUGCUGCUGAUUCCCUCUUUGCCACCUCCUACAGGUCUAACCCACUCAGUGCCACAGUGUGUGUGUGUGUGUGUGUGUGUGUGUGUGUGUGUGUGUGUGUGUGUGUGUGUGUGUGUGUGUGUGUGUGUGUGUGGGGUUGCUUUAGAGUACUGACAUGUAUAGUCAGAACCUAGAACUUAAAUAAGAACCUUUUCCUAAUGCGAGUGUGAUUGACAGGUCUUGAUUUAGUCUCCUGCUGAGGGGACCAGACUGAAUCUGGGGUUCCUAACUGUUUUAACACUGCAAUAUGGGGAAGGGUGCUUCUCAUUUCACCAGUGGCUUGGUGGUCUUGACUCUUGUUUUUCUCAGUAGUUCCUGCUCCUAGUAAUAUAUUUGCCUUUAGAUGGACAUUUGGAGAAGGAGUUGUUCAUUAUCCUACGGGAUUUUCACUUAUAUGCUAUAAAUAAAGUACCUUUUUAAAUAAGCAGA